GCAUAGGCAUAGGCUAUCAUCAUAUACCGAAAAAUUAAUUAAAUUUUUUAUAAAUCAAGACAGAUGUAAAGUACCCAAUUUGUUAACACAGUCAUCUGAAGAAGAAGACAUCAACUUGUCACUGAUGGCUGAUAUGGAUCAUGACCCCAGUCCUGACCUGGGCAAUGUAAUAAAACAUGAGAAGGAAGAAAGUCUUAAUGAAAAUGAAAUAUGUUUGAUAACACAGUCAUGUGAACUACAAGACAUGAAAUUGUCACAUGUGAAAAUUGAAAAGACUGAAGGAGAUGAAGUAUCUUCUUCUAUGCAGCCAUUUGAAAACUACUGCCAUGGUCAAACUUGUAAUGUGAUCUCUGGACAUCAGGCAAAUGUUCCAAAGCAGGAGAUCAAAAUGUCUUGUUCUACUGAAAGUAAUGAACCAUUGUCCUUAGCAUCAAGACUACUGGCUGUGUCAAAGAAGGUGGACAGAAACUUUUAUCCGGUGCCUAUCAUUUUGCCAAACUUAAAACUAUCUGGGCACAUCCCUGUCCCAGAACUGCCCUUGAGUGAGAUACAAAUCAUGAAGCAAGAAAAAGAAACUCCAACAAAUGUAUUUCUAAAGGACAUGCAUGAUCAAAUGGAACCAAGCCUAUCCAAUGAGAUUGUUUCAGAUAAGAUCAAGAAUUCUUCUUGCACUGAUACUCAUCAGAUAGAUAAACCUUUCACUUGUCAAAUUUGUCAAAGAGGAUUUUCUUACUUUAAAACAUUUAAAAAACAUGAUUUGAUUCAUACUGGUGAAAAACCAUUUAAAUGUCAUUUAUGUGAAAAAUCAUUUAUUCAUUCCGCAUCAUUGAAACAACAUCAUUUUUUUCAUACAGGUGAAAAACUUUUAACAUGCCAUAUAUGCCAAAAAUCAUUUUCUUGUUUUUCAUAUUUGAAGCGACAUGAGUUGGUUCAUACAGGUGAAAAGCCAUUUAAAUGUUCAAUAUGUCAGAAAGGAUUUUCUACUCUUGGUAAUUUGAAACAACACCAACUGAUUCAUACUGGUGAAAAACCAUUUAAAUGUCUGAUCUGUCAUUUAGGAUUUUCUCAGUCUUGUAAUUUGAAACAACACCUACUGGUUCAUACUGGUGAAAAACCAUUUAAAUGUCCAAUCUGUCAUAUAGGAUUUUCUCAGUCUUGUAAUUUGAAAAAACACCAACUGGUUCAUACUGGUGAAAAACCAUUUAAAUGUGACAUAUGUGGAAAAGGAUUAUCUAGUGCUUCAUAUUUGAAACGACACUGCUUGAUUCAUACUAAGGAAAAAUUAUUUUAAUGUCCAAUACUUCAGAAAGGAUUUACUUUCUAUUUUAAUUUCAAACAGCUCCAGUUGAUUCAUUAUGGGGAAAGACCAUUUAAAAUGUGACUUCUGGAAAAGGAACUUCAUUUGCUUCACAUUUGAACUACUUAGCCUGGCUCUUUAUUCUCUGUUGGAGAAAGACGGUUGGCUUUUUAGAAGGGUCUCUGUUCAACUCAUAACUUCAUGGAACCUGGAACCUUCUUGUUGGUUGGGCUGAAUGAAAAACCUGGGCACGGAUCUCAAAAACGUCUUUAAUGAUUUUCCUAAAGUGUCAAAUGACACUUGCUGUAUAUCGUUGGAAAAGAAUUACUGGCGUGGUGGGAAAAAAAUGUUCAUUAAGUGACUUAGAGAAAAAUAAUUGUUCUAUAAGCUGUAUAACUGUCACCUGAUGCUCGUACCUUGCCGUGGUGUGACAGCUUGAGUGCCUCAAUGACCCUCAGAGCUAUACCGGCAGGAGAUCAUCACUCCUGGCAGGUACUACCAAGCCGGACAGGUCUGUUAGGAAAGAGGCCAGACAAAAGGUGCAUCCCCCUCCCCAGGACACAGGGGUUGUGCGAUAGGCUAACAACCUGUCCAUGGAAAAAAAAUAGUGUUAUAGAAACCAGAACAAAAACACAAACACUAAACAUUGUCAGAGGCGAAAGUAGAGCUCCACAAAGGAGACUUACUAUAAAAAAACUAGCAAGAGACCGUGGAGAGUGAUGUGUUUUUGUCGGGGCCCUAUGUUCCAUGAGGAACUCAAAGGAGUGAUGAUGAAUGAUAAGUUGUAUAAAGUAGAUAAUGUCUUUUUUUAAAGUGUUUUUUUAUAUUAUAAUUUUUUUUUUCAUAGUGGUGAUAGACCAUUUAAAAGUCAAAUAUGUUGAAAAAGGAUUUUGUGUAUUCUUAAAUUUAUUUAGCCACCAUAAGGUAUAUACGAUUGGAGACCAUUUGUGCCUCUCUCUCUUAUUGCGAUGGCCAUGGUGGGUUUGAAAACAGUGUGUCCUACACAUGUUGAGUCAUCAAACUGCUUGCAUGAGUUGGUGGUACAGUAUAGAAGAGAAAACUAUCUAUAUUAAACUCACUCUAAAUUAUUUUAGUGUGCUGUGGUCCAAUCUAUUUAGUAGACCAGCUUUAAGGUGCUCAAACAAAACUUGCUUGAGUUGGGAUAUGAACUCAAUCCACUUGAUUGACAGUCUAUAGGUCAUAGCCACCCAUAUGCAUAACCCUACGAAGCUGUGUUUAGGGCAGAGGGAACUGGUCAUAAGAGUAUGUUAUAUUUUUUAAAAAUGCGUAACCCUACAAAGCUUUGUUUAGGGCAAUGGAAACUGUUCAUGUUAUAUUUUUUUUAAAUUGCUAAAAAACAUAUUUUUCUGUAUACCUGGUUACAGUUUUCAGUAAAAGAUACCAGUAUAAUUACAAUAGUUUGAAUCUUGAGUAAUCUCUGAAAUACAGAUGUGAAAGGUGUUCUUACAAUAGAUCUUAUUAUUGAACUAAAAUGUAUUUAUAAAUGAUUAUCUAUUUAUUUGAUGCAUAUGUUUGUACAAAUUUGUUAAUUGUAUAAAACAAAUCAUAAUAAUGUGAUGUAUAUUAGAUUUGAAUAUCAAUAUUUGAUAAGAAUAUUGGCCUUGUAUUUACCAAAUUUUCUACAUAUUUUUUCCUCGUCAUUAUUUGUUUUAAUUUGAAUGCUUACAUUGUAUACCUGGUAUUUAAAUGUAUAUUUGGGAGUUUAAUACAAGUGAUAAAAUCUGCAACUAUAAAUUCUAAGUAGUAAGGGAACUGAAAAUAAAGUUUAGCCUAGUUGUUACAUCUACA